AUGGUGACACCGGAGCAGCGUAAAAAAGUCGGCCAGCUCUUCGCCGUCGGCUUCCACGACACAGCCGUCAACGCCGACAUCAAGUCCCUCGUCCAGGACUACGGCGUCGGCGCCAUCGUGCUCUUCAAGCGCAACGUCGGCUCUGCCGCCGAGCUCCGCGCCCUGUGCCACGACCUGCAGCAGCUCGCGCGGGACGCGGGCCACGCCCAGCCGCUGCUCAUCGGCAUCGACCAGGAAAACGGGCUCGUGACGCGCAUAUCCCCGCCGGUGGCCGCGCAGCAGCCCGGCCCCAUGGCGCUCGGCGCGAUGGGCUCGCUGGGCGCGGCGUCGCGCGUCGCGGGCGCCACGGCCGAGAUGCUCGCGCACUUUGGCAUCAACAUGAACUACGCCCCCGUCGGGGACGUCAACUCGGAGCCGCUGAACCCCGUGAUUGGCGUGCGCAGCCCGGGCGACGACCCGGAGACGGUGGCGCGGUUCGCGGCCGCGUGCGCGCGCGGCAUGCGCGACAACGGCGUCGUGCCCUGCAUCAAGCACUUCCCCGGCCAUGGGGACACGGCGGUCGACUCGCACUACGGGCUGCCGUCGAUUGACAAGAGCCGCGGGGAGCUCGACGCCACGGAGCUGGUGCCGUUCAGGCAGGCGGCACGGGACGGCAUCGAGAUGAUCAUGACAGCACACAUUGCCCUGCCGCAGCUCACGGGCUCCGAGAAGCCGGCCACGCUGUCGCCGCAGGUCCUCGGCAUUCUGCGCGACGAGUUUGGCUAUGAGGGCGUCGUAAUGACGGACUGUCUGGAGAUGGACGGAGUGCGCGCCACCUACGGCACUGUUGAAGGAUCGCUCAUGGCGUUUCAGGCGGGCGUUGACAAUGUCAUGAUCUGCCACACGUACGACGUCCAGACCGCCGCCGUCGACCGCUUGUGCACCGCGCUGGAAAAGAAUGAAAUCUCGCAGCAGCGCAUCGACGAGUCCCUCGCCCGCCUGAGCAAGCUCAAGUCAAAGUUCACAACCUGGGACCGCGCCCUGCAGACCAGCACCGACGCAGCCCUCGACGACAUCAACGCCCGCGGCGCCAAGCUCGCCCGCGAGGCCUACGCCGACGCCGCCACCGUCGUGCGCUCCCAGGACGGCCUGAUGCCACUGUCCAAGUCGGCAAGCACAGUCUUUGUCUCGCCGGGCCCCGACUUCCCCGUCGGCGGCGGCGCCGUCAACAGCGGCGACGCGGCGCACCCGACGCGCGUGCCGUGGGUGUCGAGCUCCUUUGGCGACGAGAUCCGCACGCACUGCCCCGCGGCCGAGGAGGUCCGCUACACGGAGCAGCCCCUCACGGAAGAGCAGUGGCGCGUGAUCGAGGCCGCCGACGUGGUGAUCCUGGCGACGCGCAACGCGCGAGAGGCGCCGUACCAGCAGAAGCUCGGGCUGGACAUUGCGAGGCGCAGAGAGGGCAAGACGCUGAUCAGCAUUGCGACGUGUGCGCCGUAUGACUUUUUGGAGGAGGAGGCGGUCAAGAAUGUGAUUGUGGUGUACGAGCCGACGCUAGAAGCAUUUCGCUCGGCGGUUGAUGUUCUCUACGGCGUCGACACGCCACGCGGGAAACUCCCCGUCGCCGAGAAGAAGGUCUAG